UUGAUGAAAUGCAAUAAAUUAACCGCCGACGACUGCCUCUUGGACAAUGCGUGUACGCAGUGGGACGGUUGUAAGUUUCCUUUCUAUCUCCGCUUGCUUGCACCAUGACCACGGACGUAACACAUGAGAACGAAUUGUGUCAAGUUUCUCACCGCUGUCAUUUGACGAACUUUCGUUAUCUAUCGUGUUGGAUUUAGUUUCCAACUGGCUUUUAAGUGAUUUAUUCGGUUUGUAAUCGUAAAGUAUGGCGGAUACAACGGUAGACGCGACACGCCGUUUAAAUGUUAAAAAACAGACCCUGGACGACGCUUAUGCAGCGCCUGCAAAUUUCCUCGAGAUUGACGUGAUUAAUCCAAUCACACACGGCGUCGGCAAGAAACGGUAUACCGAUUACGAGGUUCGCAUGAGGACAAAUCUUCCAGUCUUCAAAGUGAAAGAUUCCACAGUAAGAAGAAGAUAUAGUGACUUCGAAUGGCUAAGGAAUGAACUAGAAAGAGAUAGCAAGAUUGUAGUGCCUCCGUUACCAGGAAAGGCUUGGAAACGUCAGAUGCCUUUUCGAGGGGAUGAUGGUAUUUUUGAAGAAGAUUUUAUCGAAGAUCGAAGGAAAGGCUUAGAAGAAUUUGUUAAUAAAAUAGCAGGACAUCCAUUAGCACAGAACGAACGAUGUUUGCACAUGUUUUUGCAAGAACCUGUAAUAGACAAGAACUACGUACCUGGAAAAAUACGUAAUACAUAAGUUACAAUAAGACUUGUCGCAAGUAUAUUUUCCUCCCCACCUUCGAUAUUUAAAGUCAUGUUAACAAUUUAUUCGAAAAUUUUUAUAAGAUCCUUCUAUAUUUAUACAAAUAUUUAAUCGAGCUUUUAAUGCUGUGAUGUCUAAUUAAAAUAAUUGUUUGUGAAAGUACUUGGGUUUUGAAUAUGUGUAUUAGACAUUCGGAAGGAUCUUACUUAAAUGUUAUUAUCAGUCGCUGCAGAGUAAUAGAAAAAUUUCUUUUUCGUGUUUCGUUUUUUUUAGUUUCGUUCGAUAAUAUUUUAUUAAUAUUGGCUUUCUAUGAAAAAUUUAUAAUUUGAUGUUUAUCACUUUCAGAGAUCGCAGAAUAACAAUUGUAUA